AUGGCUUUCCUGGAUCUUUUUUGGCAGCAUGAGGCCUUCCCUUGCAGUGGUGCCCAGCAUGUGCUUGUGUCCCAGGUGUUCAACUUCCCUGCCAGCCUGGGUUCCAUCUUCCAGGUCCGAGACGCAAGGAACCAAAGCAGCCCUCGCUUUGUGGCAGAGCAGUGGUCCAAGGUCUUGGUGGAGAGCAAGAUCAAUGGCGUUCAGAUCCUUCACUGGGUGGGCCGUCAGAGGAAGCCCUGGCUCCAUUGGGCGCCCCCAGCGCGCUCCGCGCUGGACCGGCUCUGGUGGCUCCAGCACGAGCGGAUGUGCCGAUGGACGCGGCCACGGCAGGAGUGCCGCCUCCAUUGCCGACUCAAGGGCUGA